CCGCUCCACAGUCUGGCUUGAUGGGGAAGUGCCGUCGGCCCCGCACAGCCUUCACCAGCCAGCAGCUCCUGGAGCUGGAGAACCAGUUCAAGCUCAACAAGUACCUGUCCAGACCCAAGCGCUUUGAGGUGGCCACAUCACUGAUGCUCACCGAGACGCAGGUGAAGAUCUGGUUCCAGAACCGCCGCAUGAAGUGGAAGCGGAGCCGCAAAGCCAAGGAGCAGGGCGCUCAGGUGGAGGCCGAGAAGCAACGAGGGCUCAGCAAAGCCUGUGAGAAGCUGCUGCCCAGCGAACCCCGGGGACAGGCUGCCGAAAGCCCUGAGUUCAUGGGGCGCAGCCCCAGCUCCGGCUUUCUGCACCGCAGCACCGCCGAGCUGGGCUACAGCCCGGACUCCUCCUGCUCGGGGGGCGAGGAGGAAGAAGAAGAGGAGGACAACGAGAUGGGUGCCACGGAGAGGAAGAUCGACUCUGUGUUGUGA